UUGCAUGCGUGGUGAGAGUGGAGUAUCAACGUCAAUAGAAAGGAACUGAACUUUUAAACGACUUAUAUGUUAGCCCUGUGGAAUUUUUUCUUCUAUCUGGAAUUUCCCCAAUGAGUACCACACCUGUUAUAUUUAAUUUGAUCAACUGCAUCAUUGGAGUCAGUGUUUUGGCGAUGCCUUUCUGCUUUCAAGAGGUAAACUUUGAAAACUUCUUAUUUCGACCCUCGCUGGAAGAUAAACUUCUUUUAUUUCAGUUUAUUUUGCAAAUGAUCUUCUUAUAUUAUGCUUUACACUGUUUACUCAAGUUUGUCACGUAAGUUCACAUGUACAAAGACACACGAUAUUCGCCCUUUGUUGUUAAAUCUAUCCGUGAAUUAGUCGAGAAGACAUUUAUGGAAUUUUGGUUGAUCACCACAACAACGCUUAAUUGAAUUAAACAAAGAUAUCUUCAUUUGUAAAAUGGUGGUUCUUAAUACUAGCCUGAAAAUGUAGGCCAAUCAGUUUUCCAUUCUCAUAUUUAUGCCUCAUUAUUGUGCAUAUCGAACUUGCGAUUGUCAUUCAAACCGUGAACAUAGAAUAUGUUACAUGCCACAUAGGUUCAAUAUAUCUUCAUUGCUUCACCUAAGGCAGUAUUUAGACAAAUGUUAGGAUCUGUUGGCUUGCACUUUAUGCACACGCAGCUGUAUUAAUUCUAGUUUUGGUAAAAUUUACGCACAGCCCCAUCCUACAUUAUGCAUUCAGUUCUUGAACAGAGAAAACAAUGACAAAAACAAUACAUUUCCGUUGGGAAAACAGAUUUGUUUUACAAUAGUAUGGGGCUGUGCGAAAACUUAACCCUAAUUUUUUUUAGUUUGAUUUUCAUAAUCAAUUUUUUUCCAUUGACAAGACCUUUUUUGAGAGGUGUAUAUAUUUCAUAUAGAUCUUCAAAUUGCAACGUUUUUUUUAAAACAGGAAUAAAUAGGUAGAAUAAGUAUAUCAGGGCUUUCAAUAAGAUUUGAAGUAGGUGUCUGCCCAUAUAAUAGUAGGUGGCUGUGACUAUUUAGGUGGCCAAAGGCCACCUUUUCUAGGGGGGUCUGGGGGCAUGCUCCCCCAGAAAAUUUUGAAAUUUAGAAGCUCGGAAAUGUGAUUUCCAGCAUUCCUGGCAUGAGGAAGUAAAGUUAAUGAUGCAUAACAUUAACCCUUUAAUUGGCAGAUUUCUGUGUGUUUUUCAAGAGCUUUUGUGAACAUGUAAGGUAAUUGAGUUUGGCAGGAGUGCUUGUCACGUGACUUACCAAGGCCCAAGCUGCAACCCCACCCUUAAAUUUACACCAAAAAUGGCUGAGCGUUCCUCAAUCAGUUGCGAUACAUCGUGGUACAGAAAUCGUAUUGAUAUAUGCUUUAUUCCAAAAUUCUCAAGGCAAGCAUGUGCUAUAUUUUAUCAGAUUUAUUUCAACUGAAAAAUGGGUAGGUUGUAAACAUUUUAAGAGUUAUAUUUUUGAAGUAUUUGCUGACAAACAUGGCCAAGUAGCCAGUGACUUGAUGACUCGCAGCCGCCAGAGCUCCAGCGGUAGCCAGCUUCUAAUGAAAGCCCUAAGUAUAUAUUGUAUAAUUGUACCUUUAAAACUUUUGUUUAUCUGCAUGGAUUUUGUAAGAUUAAUCACAAAAAAUACAGCUAAGAAGUGGAAUGUUAUACCACUUUUGUUUUCUUUUACUCCUUUUCAUCAGUGUGGCAUCGUACUUUGUGGAGUAGCAAUUGUAAGUAGCUCCUUGCUUACAAAGAAGUCUUGUGGGUUACUUCUUAAGACAGGUCAGGUGGCACGGAGACGGAACUAUGAAGGGUUAGGUGAGUUACUAGACAUUUUGAGAAAACAGUACUAGAGAGGAAUUUGAAUCAAAGAAUCAAAAUCUGGAGGUAGUUUAAAUGGAAGGUUUACUUGUAAUGAUUUUACAUUAAGGUUUAAACAUUUUCCUUUCAAACACUUAUUUGAAAGGGAACAACAACCCAAUGGCUGCUGUAAACUUCUUUGAAGGUGAAAAUAAUAUUUUUUCCCCACAGAGUACAGCUGAAAAAUCAAUGAGUGCAUGAUGGCUCUUGUCCCAAAAAUCUAAGCUGCCCAGCUCUUAAAAGUUCUCCCAAAGUGAGAAUGGUUUGUGGGCUGUGGUGCUUGGGCUCUUUCAGACCACAGACACACACAGAUUAACUUUUCACUGUUAAUACAACAUUUAUUGGAAGGAAGGAAGGAAUUUUAACAAGGAAAUUGGAAAAUAAAUACCUAAAGGAAAAAAAGAAACCUUUAUUUACACAGGGUAGCUCAUUCAGCUCCAACGAUAGUCUUUGUACCAGCCCUGUAUCUUUAAAAAUUAAUUUACAUUAAGAAUUCUCAUGAACUAUCACAUUCAAAGAGCCUAAUAAAGAUACAACAAUAGAAUUUAAGAAAUACAUUAAGAGCCUACAAAAUACUAUGCAAAAAUCACAUUUAAAGCCUAAAAUGUAAGCCAAAAUGAUAUUAUGGUCAACAUGUUUGUUCCAAAACAGGUGCCAUUAGUGUCCAAUAAAAGAAUUACUCAACAUUCUUCUUUUCCAGAGAAGCCCCCAAAAUGGCGCCCUGACUGCGUAAAGAAGCUUUUUAUUUAUGUAUUCCUAAAUUUCACGCAUGGAGAAAUUUAAAGAGUUGAGAUAUCAUAAAAUGUUUAGGAUCAUAUGGCCAUGACUGUUAUUGGUAUGAAAAAAAAUUUUAAAAGUAUGUUUGCAAAUUUUCCUCAACUUUGGUAGGGAAAAUUUGGUGGUCCAAUUUGGAGUUUGGGGAUCAAUUAAUUUUAUAUUUUUGCUACAGUUACUGUAGUGCUAACAGACCACUUAUCAUUUGUUUUUAUUUCAAUAAUUUUAAAUUUUUAAUGCUUUCCUUCAGCAUUGGUUACUUAUGGUGCUCCAGGAAAGUUUGCUGUGGAAGCAAGGUAAUUGGUUUAAAAGGAAAUGGAUUAUACAUGUUGAUAUAGAAGAGUAAAAAAUGCGAACUGCAUGUGUGGAGCUAAUCUCGAGCACCUUUUUAUAUGAUAAAAAUGGCAUGAAUCAUAAGUGCCAAACAUACACUUCAAUUAAAGUCAAAGGCUUUUGUGGUACAACAUUUCACAUUAGUGAAAAUUAACAUUGAUAACUCUAAAAAACAUCUACACAAUGCAUGUAUUUUUGUCUUUAACACAAAAAACAAGUUAUUGGCAGUAACUAACAAAGCCAUAUGCAUUGGGUGACCUUAUGUAGAAGUCUGUCAACACCAGAGAAUAUACCAUCUUUAAUAAUAAAUAAAUGAAAAAAAAAAUCAGUGAAAAGGAGGAUAAUAAUGGCCUAUGUGGCCAAUCACAAAUCUUUACAAUGGCCACACAAUUUCUUCUUUUAAGAAAAGGAAUUUCCAGCUUAACAGUGUAUUCCAGACUAGUUUCCAAGUGGAAUGUUGUAAUAUCUUUUUGCAUGUAGUGAUCACCCUUAUUAAAUUCAUGAAUUACUUUAAUUUAUUAUUCUUAGUUAAAUGAUUGCUUUCUCUUUCUUGUUUCAGUAUUAUUGGUCUUCUUCUAGGAACUCUUAUAGCAUUCAAUGUUAUCAUUGGAGACUUGGUUCCUUCAAUAUUUCAGAAUUUAAGUGGAUUACAGGUAUGGCCAGCCUUCUGUAAUGUAACAGUCAUGUGAUAAAAUAUGUGAAAUUUAAGGUAUCACACCAGUGAAAGGAUAAAUGAAACUAGGCGAAUGAAAACUAGAAUUAGUUUCACUUAAUAGGGGUUUUCAUAUCACAUUUAAUGUUUAUGUGAAGCCUCAUUUGACUACUGAGACCAUUCACUGUCUCAUACAAUUGUGUAGGUGUCAUGGACUAUGAGAGCAGUUCUCAUGACAGUACUUGCAUUUGGUGUUGGGUUACCCUUGUCGUUGAUGAGAAAUCUUCAAAGCUUAGCUUCCUUCAGUUCUGCUGCCCUGCUGUUUUAUGGAUUUUUUGUUCUACAGGUAAGUUAAGAAUUUAUUUUGUUUGCUAUCUACUAGAUGUAUUUCCUAAUGAGGUUUCUUGUGAGAUCUUUGAAAAGGAUGUAAGUAAAUGUUGUUAGUGGAACAUGCUUAUAGAUUUUAUUGUGGUCCUUAUCUUUUGUUACAGGCAUUUUUGAGUGCAUUGCCAAAGAUCAUGGAAGGAUCUUGGUUGUACGACUUAAAUUACUGGCGACCAGAGAAACUUCUCCACUAUUUGCCCAUCUUUGCAUUAGCAUUUACUUGCCAAACGUAAGUAUUACUUUGGUUUUAAAACCUGGAAGAACAAUUUUUUGAGUUAUCAAUUUAUUUUUACACACAAAAAAUUAAUUAUAUACAUUCACCAUUGAUAAUUACAAUUUUGACACGGAGUUGUUUAAAGUGUAACUAUACGUAUGGAGUGAAGGUGAGGAGGGGAGCAAUUAGAAACUUGAAGUUGAUUAUUUCUUUGAUUCAAAUAAAUUAAUGGCAUUCUCUAGGGACAACUGCAGGAUGCCAAAAUGUUUUACGAAAGAAUCUAGUGUUCAGAUAAAAAAAUUGAUCUGUACUAAUUGCCUGAAGAAUAAAAUUUGAUUGCCUGAGACACCUAGACAUGUCAGUAAAAGAGUUCUUUGCACAGAGUAUUUUAAUAACAGAGAGUAUUUAAAUUUCGGUAUACAACAGUAUGAAUUUUGCAUUUAUCUGCGAUUUCAUACAUGACUGUAAGAGGUAUGUGGUAAGGGUCUUUGUUAUUUUCCAUGUUUUAGCAAAAUGUGUUCAACCUUUUAGGCCAUCUUGGGAUGAAAUUGUAGUUAUACAGUGAUUUUGUUGUCAAAUUAUGCUUCAUGACUUUUAUAAUGUUAUGUUUUGGUUCAAUCAGUUUUCGAAUGGAAUUUCCUAACUGUUUUAGGUAUGUUGAUCUUUGAUAAUGACCAAAAAUGUCAACAAAAUUAUUUAAUGAUUCAAAGUAAUCCCACCAUUAAUUUAAUUUAUCAUUUAAUCAUUUAAGUGUACAUUUCACUUAAAACAAUAUUUUGAUUAAUUACUUGUAGGCAGCUGUUUGCACUCUAUGAAACCUUACCUGAACCUUCAGUUAAAAAAAUGGAAGGUGUUGUCAAUACUGGAAUCAACAUUGUGGCUUCUGUAUAUUUUCUGGUAUGUCAUCAUUACAAUGAUAGUAUUCAACUUUUUCUACAGUUACUUGUACUUCACUUAUGCACUGAGAUUUUCGACAGACAUCAUAACAUUUGCAAUAAAUGUCUGGUAGCCUUGCUCUUUCCCGUUUUUAUUUACUUUUGCAUUUUAUUAAUUCAGAAUUGGAAAUAAUCCAGUUACUAGGUUAUCCCUCUUAUUUGGUUUGAGUCAUCCACUGUGCUUUAGUCUCUUUGACUAUUCUCUUAUGGGAGUUUUUAUUUUCUGAAUAUAUUACCAGCUUAACUUUCAAUUAGGUGUUUGUUGUCAUUCCAGUGUUAAAUAUUAACAAUACCCUGUUUCCCUGCUUUGGUAAUGAAAUAGGUUGGAUUUUUUGGCUACGUCAGCUUCUACAGUGUUGGUGUCAAGGGUGACAUGUUGACAAACUAUGGAAACACUUUUAUUUCACAGAUAAUUAAAUUAGGUAAGGUCUUAGACAAACCAGUUAAUGUAACUUACUAAGUCACUGAUAUGGCAACUGAUGUUUGCACCAUUAAUAUUGCAAUGGCUCUUACUGACAUUUGUUUGUGGAAAUACUCCAUAUACUAUAUUUAGUUCAAGUAUAAACUGCUUCUUUUACUGUUUAUAUUCCUACAGGCUUUGUGAUGUCAGUUAUUGUCAGCUUUCCCCUAAUGGUUUAUCCUCUACGAGCAAGUCUACAUUCUUUGAUAUUUCAGCAGGUCAGUAAAAAUCUAUCCAAGAAAGUGAAUGUUAAGUUUCAAAUACUGGUGUAUCCAGAAUGGGGGAUGCAGUGGCCCAAGAGUUAAUGGUCCACCUCAAGAGGUCUGAGUAGGACCCCUAUACUGAUUAAGACACCUCUUGAGCACAAAGCCUCUCUCCUUUAAGUGUUUUAAAUGGGUGUUGUCAAACUUUUGUACAAACUUGACAAACUCAUGUGGUAAACUUGCAAAGCACUGGUAUGAUAACCAAGGGAGAAGCAAUUGUCUUGGUUACUUAAUGUUACUAAAACAGAGAUAAGCUGUGGCAGUGUAGGCCAUCAGGAUGGAGAACAGACCUGGCAUAACAAGACUUGUCAGUUAAUCUACAUUUAAGAUAAACUUAGAACUAAAUGUUAACAAAGAAGGAUUUCUUUCUUAGAUAUUCUAGAAAUAUCAAUUACUGAACAUAUAAUUCAGUAAAAUAUUAACUAAAGCAUGUCUCACAAUGAAGACAUUCUGAUGUCAGGUUAUGUUAUGAACUUCUCCCUAUCUCUCUGCAUUUUUUUUUCUUUUCUUUUUUUUUUUUUACACACCAUAAACAUGAUAUCAGCCUUGCUAAGUGUUACUGUCUGAUUGUUGUUGAUGUUGUCAUGUCCAGAGUAUGACCUAUCCUUAUGCAGUUGAUUUAUUUCUGUCAGCAGUCAGGAAGUUCAGAAAAUUUACCAGGAGGUGCCAACUUCAUUCCACAAGAUAGAUUCACUUAUCUCACCCUUGCUAUCAUAUCUAGCACCCUGAUGUUGGGCAUUCUCUUUCCACAAAGUAAGUGCAUGAUUGCACUAUCAACAAAGAUGUUGUUCUGAGAUUGAGAACAACAACAACAUUUUUUGUCCUGACUUAAAGGCAUAUAAGAUUCAAGUCAUGGUGUGAUCAUUUGGAAAUUGAGCAGUUGGAAAGCAGCUUUUUUAUGUCUUAUUUGCAGUUCUCUAGAAAAUUUUUAGAAAUAUUUUUAGUAUUUUUCUAUAUAUUUUAGUGGGGAUAACUCCUUAAUUUUUAACUUUUAAAUUUUAGCUUUUUAUAAAUUUUAUUUAAUAAGUGAAUUAUGAAUUUAUCUGAUGAUACCAUGUAUAAACUCCUUUUAUAAUUUUUUUUCCUAUUAUUUUAAUGUCCCCAGUUAGCUUUUUAACAUCAACACUUAAACAAAGUUGUUACAUUAAGUUAUGUUAGUUUAGUUCAAAAACAAGGUUCUCAUGAUUAAAAAUGACAUUAUUAUUUUGUUGGGCAUCGUGGCACAUUUUGCAGGCUUAAAUGGAGAUCUUGCCAGGUUUAAAUAUAUGUUGGCCUGCUUGCAUGUUCCCAUGAUUGUUCAGACUGUUGUUAAGUGUGAUCAGUUUUUAUUUUCUCUAUAACCUCCAAGUAAUAAUAAUUACAGUAAUAGUCAGCUUAUGUUUGUGGGCAUAGAUAUGUUUUGGGGCUUUUAGUCAAGCCCAAAACACAUUUAUGCCCUGGAACAUAACUUCUAUUGUUUUAUUGUAUAAAUGCUCAACAAACCUCUUUUUACUAAUUUUCUCUAUGGUUUUUAGUUGAAUUUGUGUUAGCAUUGACUGGAGCAACAAUGGGCACUUUGAUAGCAUUUGUAUUCCCAUCCACCAUGUUUUUACAUGUUGUAACUGAAAAGACAUCUGCAAGGUUUGUAGCCAAGGUGAGUCAGCAGAACUGUGGUAGCCAUCAUGAAAGUAAGCAACUAAAUGUUCAACAGCUGAGGAGGGUUGCAUUAAUAUAUAAAUCCUAUGAAGAAGCUUAGCUGCCCAGUAGAUAAUAAUUAUACCAAAGGGAAAAACUGAGAACACACAUUGUUCUGCUUUCAAUAAUUAAAAGCAAAAAGCUUGGUUGCAAAUGAAAGAGAGUUUGUUGGAUUGCUUGAUUGCCUGAUUGAUUGUUAUACAGAAUCCAGGUUUGCCUUGGGUUUCUCAUCUCAACUUAAGAGACUGAAAAUAAACCUGAGAGCAUCUGGUGUGCUUGCAUUUUCCUAUGUUAGAAGUAAGCUGUUUGAAUUUUCACUGUAGUUUGUAAAGCUUAAAAAGUGAUCUAUGAAGCUGAAUUUCUUGACUAUAAAUGAAUCAUUUACUAAUGAUAUUGGGGGAAAGAGUUGCCAUCAACCAGAAGCAUGAUUCCUUGAUGCUUUGCAUGCUCAUUUCAUAAGUUAUUAUGCUAUGAUAAAUCUGUUUUCUCAUACCUAACCAGGUGUAUUGAACUUAAGAAUUUGUGGACAAAUAUAAAGACUGUAUAUAUAGUGCUGUGUAGUACCCUGGGUUGAAAGGUUGUUUUGGGUGAGAUUGUCACAACACAAUGUUUUAAACUUGCAUGCUAGAAACACUGCAUGACUCUUAGUCAUGCAUGAAGAAUAAUGAGUUUCACAUACAAGCAUUUAGUCUCUUUACUCCUAUUUUUCACAGGUUGUCUUUGGUUUGGGUGUAAUUUUCUUCGUGGCAGGCACAUACACGGUGCUAACUACUCAAGAAGAAAGCUCACACCACCAAGUUGACAUCCAUCCGCCAGGAAUUGAUCCUAUUAAGCCGGUAGACUUCCAUAAUCCUCCACAGUCAAUAACUAAUGACACCCUGCUCCAUGUUGGUGUCAGAGAAGCACCAGUUGAUGUAGACAUAGCUAAGGUACAGAACUUCAGUUCUAUAGGAAUACCUACAUCUUUUACCCUUUACACUCAUAACAUCAGUAUCCAUAUUCUUUAUGCUGUUCUUAAUUUAUUUCCUAAGAUGUUGACAAGGAAAAUUUGUUUAAAAAUUGAGAUUUUCUUUACUUGGUGAUCAUUUCCUUUAUUCUCUUGCCAUUAAUGUUUGAUUCAAGGGUGAUAUUGUAAGGACAAAUUAGAUGUCAGUCACUCUUGGGGGAAAAAGGGUUACAUGUGAUCUCUAUCAUAAUGCUACCCUUCCUUGUUAUCAGUUAACUAUGAAAGAGACUUAUUGAGGGUGGAGCAUGUCUUUCACAUGAAACUCUCUGUGCAGUAUCAAUACCUCUAGAAAGCUAGUGAUAACAGUAGACUUAUCAGCUGAAGGGUGUUGUUUUGAUAUACAUGCACAGAUAACUCCUGGUACUCUAAAUGGAGCUUUCAUAUUUAAUUAACAUGGCAACAGAAAGGAACCAUGCUUUUGGACAUAAUGAUCUUGGUCAUGGAUCAAAGCUAUUCUUUUCAAUCCUAACUUCAGUGUGCUAACCAUUGAGCUGUCAUGUCCUCCACCAUUUGUAUGUAACACCUUAGGCCAAAAUACCACUUCAGGCAAUUGAUGAGUGUACUCUAUUUCAUUACUAUCAGUUAUGAUUAAAAUAUCAGUUUAUUAUUAGUGCAAUUUAUAGAAUUAAAAUAGGACUUUUGAUGUUGAAUUUCAAAAAUACUUCUAAAUGUAGAGUUCAAUUUUCAGAAGUAACAAGUUGCAUCAAACUUUUAGUCAAUACAGAGAUUCAUUCAAUUUGUUUCUGUUUUUUUCUUUAAGAUUGGUCUAGGGCAGGAUAGAAAUAUUGCCAAAGAUGAAAAAAGCUUAAAUGAUGUCAAGCCAGCUGAAAAACCCAUUGCUGCCACAGUUAAUGAAGGAUUAAAGCAGACAGAGAAUGUUGUUAGACCUAUUGAGGGUGAGGUUAAGCGACAAGAACCUCCAGUGCCUCAUGCCCCACAGGAUGAUCCACUUCAGAAAAAAGACAAUGAAGAACCUUUGAAGAAUGAUAAGCGACAACUAAUGAGUAAAGAAGAUGACAAGUCAAACAAUGUGGACAACAUGGAGGAGAAAACUAAUAAUGUGAAUGCAGGCAUCAAGAAAGCUGUUAAUGCUGAACCAAUCAGGGUCUCACAACAAGAAAUUGAUGAGGAGUUGAAGAAGCUGGAGCAGCCAAAUAAGGUUCUGUAAAGAAUCAGUGAGGGAAACAAAAAUGUGCAACUCUUUGUUAAUCAGUAGGGAUGAAGAGCGGCUGUUUACUUCCUGACUCAUUCCUCAGUUCUCUUCCUAACACAUGCAACAUCACACCUGAUGCUCUCAUAUAUACUGCAUUGGCUGCCUGGGCUAUGUGUGAAUGGGUCAGGAAAUACAUUCACUGUUUGUGUGACAAAUAGGUUUUUUGAGUUGCCAUGGUUUAUUUCCCUUGCUGAAGACUUACAUUCAUUCAAUCCAUUCAGAUAUUCCUAGUGAAAAAGUCAUAUUUUUCCAAAGCAAUCUUCAGGUGGAAAGAAAACAAGACCACCUCCUGACCAAUAAAUGGAUGGAAACAAACUAAACCUGUUAAUUUUUAAAACAAAUAUCUAGAUUGAUGGCCAAAGUGUUAGCUUUAUAGACCAUAGGAGUGCUACCUUAAUAUUGAUCAGUUCCAUUUAGGAAAUGCAUUUUAGUUAGUUCUAGGUUUCAUUUCCAUGCUAUUAUUUCAUUGAUAAACACUAGAAUAUAACAUGAAAAGACUUUCACCUGUUCUGCCAAAUCCAUAUUUCCAUAAACAGUAAGUUUAACAUAAAUGGUACUUUAAGUUCUCCUUCCUAAACCUUGAUUAAUAAGCCAGCACCUAGGUGCUUUGUAAAAAGCCAAAAUGUAAUUAUUUCAAAGUGAGAAGAGAGUACACUGUAAAAGGCUAUUAGUACCAAAACUUUGCGGUUCAUUACCAAUCAAAGAAACACUAUCAAAAAUAAACUUUUAACCUAAAGAAGAUGACUAUAUGAAUGUGGUAUUUUAGCCCUCUAUUCUCUUGAAGUGGUGAACACCUUGUUGAACAGAAUCCAUCAGGGAAAUUUCUGGCAACAUUAUAGGACAUUCUUUAAAACUUGUACAAUAGCAUUUAGGGAGAAUAAGUACAGUUGGGUGGUACAUGGAUGUCAAAUGUGUGGAGUGAUAAGCACAUGUACAGCAAAAUCUGUUAAAUUAGGGCAAAUUACUGUAUUAAGGUGCACUAUGUGAAAAUAAAACCUUUAACAGAAAUAUGCACUGAGAAUUUAUUGUAUGAUUUUGUCUUUGGCCAUCAAUCUCUAUAAUCUUCAAAUGCUAACUAUUAAUCUCUUGUCACACUAAAUUCACAACCAUUGACACUAUCCAAGGAUAACAUUUUUUAAAAAUCAGUUAAUUGAACAAAAUGUAAAAGUAAAUUGAGCAUUUCUUUAAACUAAGCUGUAAUUUUAUGGAGGUAACCUUUCACUCUUUAGAUCUCUUUAUCAACUAACCUCUUCAUUCCAUACUUUUCUGAUAACUUAGGCUCUGAAAACUUAGAGUUCAGUCAAACAAUAUCCAACUGAUACUGCUUUUCUCUUGUCACCUUUCUAUGUACACUGUAUCAAUAAUAUAAUAAGAAAUUAUUUGUUAAUCAUUCACAAGACUGAAAGGUUUUACAUGUCUGCUAGAGUUCAUGUGGUCUUUCAAAAAUUCCUUACAUUUUUGCAAGAGUUCUUUAAAAAGACCCUUAAUUCAUUUGUCUUUGCUAUUUCAAAGUUAUUUGUACAGUAGGUCCACAAUCCUUGAUGACUUUUUUCUGACUUCUAAUGACUAUUUUUUUUUAUACCUACCUUAUCAUCAUUGAGCAACUCUAAGAUCUCAACUUUUGUAUGUUUUUAAGUUUUAAUCAAUUAGCAUAUUAAGGAUGGCCUGGAGUUUCUUUGCUCUAAACUUGUGUCAAAAUCAUUCCUAAGUCUAUUGACUUUUUCAAGCUAUCCUAUUUAUAUUUCAAAUUUAUAGAAUGUAAAGACCUAUUCAAAAAACCUGCAUUGGCUUGAAGAUCUAGUAAAAUCUCUUGAGCUUUGCUUGCUUGAGCUUAACAUAAUCUUUUUACCAUGGAGUGACCAGAAUACUGGUAUCCUCCUGGAAUUGGACACCAGUCCAUCACAAUGUAACCCAACAGCAGUUCUUCAAGUUUCCUUGGAAGGUUGCUGGUACCAGUUUAAUCUCCAGUCUUGUCCAAGGACAAAACAUUGUGAGCCAACUAGGGCAUAAACCUGGGCCUUUUGUUUAAGAAUUGGGCCUCCAUGUAUCCCAAAAUGUAGCCACAAAAGUUUCUUUUAUUAUUGGCUUUUUUCCUAAAGAUGCAGUGACUUAGUGGUUAAGGCAGAGGACUUCAGAUUGAAAGGUCCAGGUUCAGGCUUGGUCAGGUUCUCAUGUUGUGUUCUUAAACAAGACACUUUACCUACACAGUGCCUCUUCUUGCCAAGGAAUACAAUAGAUAACAGUAAACUGUCAAAAAAACUGGAAAAAAGGCUACAGGACAACCUUACAAUAGGCUGUUUGCUGUUUUUAGAAAUAGAAAAAGUCUACUGUGCUCUAAACAAUGUUUACCUUGAAUCAUGUAUGUCCUUUUUUUUUACAAAGGCAACUGCAGAUACCAUAAAGGAAUCCGAUUCCAAGGAUUCAGAAAAAUUGGAUAGUGUUUCAAAUGAAGCCAAAUCUUCACAAGAUAUACAAGAUAGAACUCUGAUGAAAAGGGAGUUGGAAUUGAAACAGAAUUUGGAAAUUCAGGAGAAGAAAGGACAAGACUUAGACAUCAUGAGAAAUGAUGAUAUCGUUGUUUCGCAGCAAAGUGGAAAUCAAACAAAUUUACAGGACAAAGGAGUCAGCAAUCAAAUUAAUCAAGAUUCAAAAUCCAAAGACUAUUCUCCUCGUGAAAGAGUUUUGGCUGCUAACCACAGUACACCUCUUGCAGGAGAAAUUCCCAAAGAGGAGGAGAGCAUAAAAAUUAGAGACCUUAAAUCAAAUUCAAGACCUGUAGAGAAACGCAGCAGUUCUCCAAUGCCAAGGUCCAUAAAGAAUUUUCUUUCAAAGCAAAGGUCAAGGCGCUCUAAAAGAAGUCGACAACAGGUAACACUCUCAUUUCAUUUCAUUUCUUGA